CACUGCCACAGCUCAUAUGUGAUCUGAACGUUUUACUUCUCUUUCCAGACGAGAGAGAGAGAGAGCGCUUGCGUUAGCAAUGGAGCAGAAAAGCUGACGCUGUACAUUUUUCUCGGGGGAAAAAAAAGACUGAGAAUCCACACGAGGAAAAAAAAAAAAGGCGAACGAAAGAAAAGUCAUCUCAGAACCCUGGACACACUCUCUUGCAUCUAUCUGUCCGUGCGCUAUUGAUUCUGAAUCUCAUAUAUGAAACAGAAAAAGGUUGUUGAAGCUUGUAGAUCUUUUGGUGGCAAGGUGACCAGGUAUUUGGUAAAACUCAAUGUGAAUAAAAAAUAGGAUUUGUUUUUUUCUCAUUUAUGUAUGUUAGGAAAGAGAAUUAGGGGAUAAAUACCGUGAGAGGUUGGAAAAGUUCAUGCUUUCCAAUCUAUGCUUUCUCACCUUCUAAUUUGGUUAGUGGACUUAGAUGGAUGUUUCCUCUCUGGAACCAAAUAGUGAGACCCAAACUGAUCAAUACCCUUUGUUACCGGAGCGAAUGGAAAGCCGUACUAGUCGUGAGCAUAUAAUAGAUGUAACUCAAAACGAUGAUGCUUCAUCAAGCUCAUCUCACGAUGAGCAACCUUCGAGAAUAAAUGUUCCUCCUCCGCACGUUGAUAGACCAUUGGGCAGUACAAAUGUCCCCACUUAUCAAGCAGCAUCCUCUUCAACAAACAGGCUAAACUCGAGGAAUUCCACGUUUAUGAGGAGAGGCGAUGGAUACAGUCGUCGCCGUAGGAGUCCUUUGAAUUCUGGUUUAUGGAUUUCUGUUGAGCUAAUUGUCACUGUGAGCCAGAUUAUAGCAUCUAUAGUUGUUUUGUCUUUGUCAAGAAAUGAAAAUCCACAAGCCCCGUUGUUUGCUUGGGUUGUCGGUUAUGCAUCUGGUUGUGUUGCAAUGCUUCCUGUUUUGUACUGGCGUUAUCGUAACCGCAACCAGGAUACUCAACAAGAGUCAACUCGAUCUCAGCAAGGAUCUUCUUCACAAAGUAACCCUCCUGAACUAACAUCUUAUACAGCUAUCUUAGUUAAUCAAGCAUCAGACGAAGAAAAUAAUCAAACUUCCGAAACAGCCACAAGGAACACUCAAUCCGCAAGACCCUUAAGUACACGACUCAAUGGCUUAGUGGACCAUUUCAAGAUGGCAUUGGAUUGCUUCUUUGCUGUGUGGUUUGUUGUGGGUAACGUGUGGAUUUUUGGAGGUCACUCUUCUCCAUCUGAUGCUCCUACAUUGUAUAGGUUAUGCAUAGUGUUCCUUACCUUUAGUUGCAUUGGAUAUGCCAUGCCUUUUAUACUAUGUGCAACAAUUUGUUGCUGCUUGCCUUGCAUAAUUUCUGUGCUUGGUAUCCGGGAGGAUCUUUCUCAAACAAGGGGAGCCACCGUUGAUUUAAUUAAUUCCCUGCCAAUAUACAAGUUCAAGCUAAAGAAAAACGGAAAUGGUAAUGAUCAGGAGCUUGAUUCUGGAGUAGGCGAAGGUGGGAUCUUGGCUGCAGGGACAGAAAAAGAGCGUGAAAUAUCAGGGGAAGAUGCGGUUUGUUGUAUUUGCUUGGCAAGAUAUGCAGACAACGAUGAGCUGCGUGAACUACCAUGUAUUCAUGUAUUCCAUGUCGAAUGCGUUGACAAAUGGCUAAAAAUCAAUGCAUCAUGCCCUCUUUGUAAAACCGAACUCGGCGAGAGUAGCAGCACUUCGCCAGUGGCCAGAGACUCCAGCCAAUAGGAGGACCAAGGAAAAGAUUGGUGAUGGUUAAAGCUGUCCCUGAAUUUUCAAACACAGUAGAAAACUGCAAGCUAGGGGGGUUUAGUACUGCAACGGAAAUUCUCCAGAAAUCCCUGAUGUAUUGCAGAAAAUGCAGAUGCGACCGCUGUUCUCGGUAGUUCGGGCCAUGGAAUAAAAAGGGGAAUAUGCAGUUAAGUUGUAUACUAUCAAACCUUUUCUAUGUACUUAAAGAGGUUGAAUUCCUCCUCAACCCUCCGUUUUGACAUUAAUGGAGCUUUGUGAAAAUAGGCAGACGUUACUCUUGUCAUCGUUGGAUGAACUUGGAGUCCUAGCAAGUGUACUAUAAUAUUACUAGGGUGCUUUCUAAGAUUUUUGAUUCUCUAUUGCUGGCUUAUAAUGAAAAAUCGAUUGUUUAUUAUUUUAUCUACUAGAAAUGGAUAUAUUGUUGAGAUUUUA